CUGCAUUCCGCAUUUUACAUACUUUCUGCAUUUUACCCAAAUCCCUCAAUGACUAAACCUGUCAGAAAACGCCCAGCUGAAGGAAAUAGCGAGUGGGAUUUGAUGGCCCUCUCUCCAGCAAAAAAAUCCAAGGGAAAGUCGAAGCCGAAGCAUAAGGCAAAGGCAAAGUCUAGCAAGGGCUCGCACAGCCAGUCAACUCUAUCACUGUCAGGUAUUGGGUUUAGUCCAGUAAAGGUGCGCACGACGUCUGGGCGUAAUACAUCGAACGCGAGUUCGAACUCUAAGAAGGAGAACACCCAGCGCAGGGCUGAGUCGAAGCUCAUCCACACGGAGGAUCUUCGUCUUGAUAUCCCCGGCCUGGUCAACAUCGCGAAGCCGCGCAACAAGCAAACGCUGAAUAUCGCCACAGCGAUUAGUGAUGAGGCUGCCGAUGCGAUCGAGGCUACGGUCACGGGCAAAGAUUCUGGAAGCAAAAAUAUCCGUGAGUGGGCUGCGUGGAACCCCGACGAUAAACGGUUAGAACGUGAAAUGGAGCCGAUGUUUGACGACUAUGUAAAGGCUGUUGCACGUCACAUCCAGAAGCAUCUUGACGGGCUCCCCGGCGACCAACGCGAGUCUGUUGGCUUGACGGCACGACUGUUGCUUCCGAGCGAUAACCAUGAUUUUUCGCCAGAUGAGGCGGAUACAGGACUGCGUAUUGAUGGCGCAUUAGGAAUCGUUGACGUCGACAGCGAUAUCGACAACCUCGACAUUCAGAGCUUUGCUGAGAUAUUUGCCGUCGCAGAGUUCAAAGUCUGUCCUUCAUUGACCCGGGAUGCGCUGGUGCAAAAUAUCGACUACACCCGAGACAUAUUUGCAUACCAGCAGAACCGCCGGUUUGCAUGGGGGCUGACUGGAUGUGGCAGCGAGGUCCGGGUGGCUCUUUUCUUACCCGAUUUCAUUCUGGUGUCACCUGUGAUGCACCUAUCGACGCCAGAGGGACGGCGUUCGUUCGUUGAGCUGCUGGUAUAUUGGUCACUGUGCGAGAGAGACCAGCUUGGCUACGACACAUCCAUGCGGUACAUUGCCGAAUCGCGUUGCUGGGAAUUUGACUGCUACGAUCGUGCGAGCCAGGAAACCACACAUCUAUAUUCGAAUGCAGUUAUCGCGAACGCCAGCAGCGUCCUUGGCAGACAUACGCGCUGCUUCGUUGCAUUCCCAACUAUCGAGAUGGCGACUACAGUACCAAUUGAUAUUCACAGCACCGAGGCAGUCGUUAUUAAGGACGCGUGGGCACUAUCAGCUACCGGCGACUCUGAGUCGGAUGAUCGAAAUGAGGCGAAGCAUCUGGAGCAUAUUCGCGACACGUUCGGCGGCAAGAACUUGGAGUUCCCCUAUGUAUAUUCUGCAGUGUGUGGCGAUGUCAUGCUCCAUAUUGGUGAGAGGUCUACAGUCGACAGCAGCGACAAUAUCCUGAGCGCACUUACGGACGAAUCGCGAUCGAUGUGCAUUGGACAGGACGAGACGACGCUUCCCUGCCGGAUCCACCGCCGUUUGUGCCAGAAGCCUGUCGGCGAGCCCCUGCGGAGUACCAAAAGCGAAGUCGAGUUGAUAUGCGUGCUAUACGAUGCAAUGAAAUGCCACACAGCGCUGGUAGAGGACUGCAAGCUGCUGCACCGGGAUAUCUCGACCAACAACAUACUUGUUGUCCGUCAGAACGGCAAGGCACGCGGCCUUCUCAUUGAUUUUGACAACGCUGUGAGGCUCGAUGUCCAAAAGGGCGAUAGCCGCAGAGUACGUACUGGCACGCUUCCGUUCAUGAGCCUCAACAAUCUCAGGGGUGUCAAGCACGAGUGCACGGCUCUGGACGACUGGGAAUCACUUCUUUAUCUCGUCUGCUGGCUGGGGACUUUUGGUAUUAAUAGCGACGACCGGAUGUCUGAAGAAGACUCGCGGGACUUUCCUAUCAACAGCUGGCGCUAUGGCAAAAGUAUGGAUGAAAUUGGACGCGCUAAAGGUAACCAUAUGCAUUCUGCGGACAAUUUCUCGACCGAAAUCCUCGUUAACUUCCAGCCUGAGUACAAGUUCCUAAAAGGCCUAGCUGUAAGGCUUCACAGGAUCAUUUUUCUUCACGAAGGCUGUGCAGGUGCUAAGGUGGUGAACAUCUAUAUCGAUCCAUUUAGCGAUGUAAUCCUCUCAAAAGGUGUGGAUCCUUUGGCGGAGCGGGUGAAGUACGAGAAUGAGAUUUUAGAGGGGUUGCGUAGCAUGAUGGAUGUUGUGCACACAUUCUUAACCAAGGAUAGGUGACGAUUUUUUUUGUAAAUGAAUUUUAAAUGCAUGCUACUACCAUACUUC